UGGAUCCAGUUCCGUGUCUUUAACUCCGGCUCUGUGCGGUGUGCCAGUUCAAUCCGAAUGGAACCGCCUCUCCUGGAUUUCCCUCCCGCACUCGCUGCUGCUGGUUGGCUACAUUGUAUCAGUUCCCACACGAAGAAUCUCCGCGGCGCCCAUCCAGAAACAGUGAACACGGAGGAAUUAACCUGGAUGGGAAGCUGUUCGCUGUGGGAUUAAUAUCCACAGGGUCGCCGGACAGGACCGCACUUGGCGGGCACCGAUAAAAAUGUCCCCCGGACUCGCUUGUUUGCGGCGUGCACAGUAUCUCGAAGUGUGAUGGCAGAAGUCCAGUGAAUCGCUGGCCUCUCCUCCUCCUCUCUUGUGUUGGAUGUCUAGGGAGUGCGCUGCCACUGGAUUGUGGUGCUUCGGAUUUUCUUCUUUCCUUUCAUGGUUUUAUUGUCAUUCAGGCUCGUCACAGUGACUUGUUUUAUGGAGUGCACAGCACCAUGGACACGCCGGGGUUUGGAAUAGGAGAGGGUAGCUAAGUCGGGAAUAUGUGGUUAAAUGGAACAGGAACAAGUACACCGUGAGGAUUCGUUAACCCUUGCCCCGGAGUCCCAACUCGCUGAGAGGGUGUCGGACCUCACUGAGGCAAUCCUGGGCCGUUGGCACUAAAAUGUCCCUAAGUGGUGGCACUGCAGGCGGGAAAGGUGUGGACUCUAAUGCGGUGGACACUUAUGACAGCGGGGAUGAGUGGGAUAUCGGUGUUGGAAAUCUGAUUAUUGACCUUGACGCUGAUUUAGAGAAAGACAAACUUGAGAUGUCUGGUACCAAGGACGGUAUGGCGGCACCACCCAGUGCGGUGGCAGCGUUACCUGACAACAUCAGGUUUGUUAGUCCAGUGUCUGGCUCCCAAGGUAAGGAAAGCAAAUCCAAAUACAAGCGCAGUAAGAACUCUAAAGACAAUAGUAGCAAAGCUUCAGUUGGAGAUGGCAGUAAAAAAGAAACUGCAGGACGGACUCAAGGGGAGCCGACAGGUACAGCAGUGGGAACAGGAGCUGCUGGCAGUAAUUCCACCUCGGGGAGGAAUAUGGAAAAAGGAGGCAAAGCCUCUCGAGGUGUUCUGAGUGGUAAAAAAGAGAAAGAAGGGGCUAGUGGCAAAAGUAAGAAGGACAAAACAGAUGGGGCCCCAGUUGUAGCAAUAGCUGCUUCAGAGAUGGAUGUUGUGUCUCAAGCCCAAGUUGCUCUGGGGAAUAGUCGUAAUGUGUCCUUUGAGAACACACAAUCAACAGACUUGGCAGAAGCCAAUCAAAUGGGGAAUAUUGCACUUGAACAAGUUGGGAUAGUACCAGCAUUGACCACAAAAACUGAACCAGAGGAGGUGGAAAAUGGUAGCAGUGAAUGCAAGACAUUAAAGAAGGUGAAAAAUGAAAAGAUGGAAUCUCCUGUCUCCACGCCAGCCCCUCCCCCCCUCCACCUCCUGGCUACAGUCAGCAACAGUGAGAUUGCCUCGCCGUGUGAGCAGAUAAUGGUCCGUACACGCUCGGUGGCAGUGAACACAUCCGAUGUGGCCCUGGCUACAGAACCUGAAUGCUUAGGGCCCUGUGAGCCUGGAACCAGUGUCAAUCUUGAAGGCAUCGUGUGGCAGGAAACUGAGGACGGCAUGCUGGUUGUCAAUGUUACUUGGAGAAACAAGACAUAUGUCGGCACCUUAUUGGACUGUACACGACAUGACUGGGCUCCUCCCAGGUUUUGUGAAUCCCCCACCAGUGAUCUGGAGAUGAGGAAUGGCCGUGGUCGAGGCAAGCGCAUGAGACCGAAUAGCAACACCCCCAUCAACGAGAACAGUAAUUCAUCAGAUAACAAAGGUGCCACCAAUAACAAGACACGCGCUGCCACUAACAGCAAGGGUCGAAGGGGCAGCCAAACACCGUCAGAGCGCCGCACUCCACCUAACAGUAACACAGAGGACAUCAAGGCCAGUCCCUCCUCAGCUGGGAAACGCAAGACUAAACCAACCUCAGAUAUGGAGCCAAAUUCAAGCUCGGAGGACACCAAAGGCAACAAACGUAUGCGGACAAACUCUAACAAUGGAGGGGUGGGACCAACAGGUCUGCCCAUUCCUUCUAUAAAAACUGAGCCUCUUCCACCUAGCCUCGAUCGCAGCUGCCCCUCUCCAGUUCUUAUUGAUUGCCCACACCCUAACUGCAACAAGAAGUACAAACACAUCAAUGGUCUCAAGUACCACCAAGCCCGUGCCCACAAUGAUGAUGACAUUAAGUUGGAAUUGGAUGGAGACAGUGAAUAUGGGGAGGACUCGACUCUCCACCCUGAACCAGGGAACUGUAAUGGAGCAUCUAUAUCUCAGAAAGGAUCCCUGUCUCCAGCACGAUCAGUUACUCCAAAAGGCCGGAACUUUGAUGCUCAAAGUCCUUCCCCAUCUCCUGGUAAGUUUGGCUCAAAGCAGAGUAAAAAGAAAAUCACUGAGACAGAUCCAGAAACAGGAAGUACACCAAUGGAUGGGUGUGAGGAUGGGCCAUGUCUCACUGAUGAGGCCAGUAAUGAUGGCAUAGAUGAUAAGAGAGGAUCAGAUAAGUCUAAAAAGGCGAGCACAAAGGCUGAUAAAAUGGCCCAGAAAAACACAAAGUCACCACGGCCCAUUGGCUCUGGCACGACUGCAUCCCAGCAGGUGUACUCUUUUCCUCCUGGAAACCCAAAUGCUACCCCUGGAGUAGCCCCUAUCAUACAAGGUAUCCCCAAGAGUCCCCAAAUGAAAGGCACACAGCCUAAACCACCUGCCAUUGCAGAUCCUGCCUCGUGUAGCUCCAAAGACAAGAAAAAGAAAGACAAGAAGAAAAAGGAUGGUGGGAAAGAGGCUGACAGCCCUAAGCCUCCAGGGAAGGGAGGGAAACUAGAGGAAGGUAAGCUUCCCUUCCCAGAACCUUGUGAUCAAGGAAAUAAAGGGGAAGGACUUCUCAAUGGUUCCUCAGAUCCUCAUCAGAGUCGCUUAGCCAGUAUCAAGGCUGAAGCUGACAAGAUUUACAGCUUUUCUGACAAUGCACCUAGUCCAUCUAUUGGUGUAGCCAGUCGGAUAGAUGGUAGUGGAAUGCCACAGCCUCUCACACCUCUUCAUGUGAACCAGAAUGGUGCUGACAAUUCUUCAGUCAAAACUAAUAGCCCAGCAUAUUCGGACAUUUCAGAUGCCGGUGAAGAUGGCGAAGGGAGAGUAGAAGGCGGCAAAGUCAGGACAGAGGACCCAGCCGUCAGAGAAAGUGUCAAAAAGGCACUUUUUGCAAGUCAAACACCCAACAAAGAGUCCCCCUACUAUCCCGGCUAUGAGACAUAUUACUCACCCAAUUAUGUCAACCCCAGCGGCAGUGGACCCAAUCCAGGCACACCAUUGGCUGAAGGACAGGUUAAGAUCAAAAGGGAAGAUGAUCAGGACCAAACUGAGGAGAAAAUCAAGGCAGAGGUUCAUGAAGAGCGCAAACCGGACAACUGUGUUCCUGCACCGCAACAACAACAGCAACAACAACAGCAGCAGCAACAGCAGCAGCAACAACAACAGCAACAGCAGCAGCAACAGCAGCAGCAGCAGCAGCAGCAGCAACAGCAGCAGCAGCAGCAGCAGCAGCAGCAGCAGCAACAACAACAACAACAACAACAACAACAACAACAGCAGCAGCAACAGCAACAGCAACCCUCAGUCAUCCAACAGCGAUCCAACAUGUACAUGCAACCUCUUUACUACAACCAGUAUGCCUAUGUACCCCCAUAUGCAUACCAUCCUGAUCAGGCCUACCAUAACCAUUUGAUUAACACCAACCCAGCCUACAGACAACAGUAUGAGGAGCGCCAGCGACAGAUGGCUGAACAGCAUCGUGCUGCUGAAAAGAAGUCAGAUGUAGUCAUAAAAGAACGAGAAGUCUCCAUGAAGGAGGAGUGGAAACAAAAGAGCCCGAUGCCACCAAGCCUCUCCAAAGCUCCAAGUCAGUCCGAACUUGGAAAAACGUCGCAGCCCCCAGGAAAGUCAAGGGACUCGCCCUCUGAGCCCUCCUCCAAAUCCAUUGCAAGCAUAAAGAGUGAGGACACAAAGUCCCAGCAAGCUGAGGGGCUGAAGAUGAAGCUGACUGAAGGUGGACACCAUGGAAAGGAAGACUCCAAACAAAUACUGGAGUCUAGAGGUCAGGCAGGGAUGGAGCAGGCCAUGUGGUACAGACAGCAGUACCCUGAGAGCCAGAAGCCCCAGGUGGAAGAUGAACACCAGCAACCUCGAUGGAAAGACGAAAGGGACAGAGAGCGAGAACGGGAACGUAAAUUAAAGGAUGAUAGGCCGAGGUCCAAGGACAGUCAAAGUGGACCCAAGGAUGAUGGCAAAGAAAUGUGUGAUCCCAGAAUUUCUUCUGAGGACCACCGGGUUCUGAGCAAAGACUCUCGUACUAAUCCCCACAUGCAGUUUGCAUCACCACUAGCACAACACCAAGGCUACAUGCCCUACAUGCAUGGUUACCCUUAUGGACAAGGCUAUGACCCCAACCACCCUGGAUACAGGGGUAUGCCCUCAGUCAUGAUGCAGAAUUACCCAGGUUCCUACCUAUCUGGAGGUUAUCCGUUUUCUCCAUAUGGAAGUAAAAUAGCUGGAAGUGAGGAAGGCGGUGGUGACAAAUCUCGUACGAGCCCUACUGUCACCAAAACAGCAACAGACUCCAAAGCCCUGGAGGUCCUGCAUCAACAUGCCAGCCAAUACAAGAGCAAAUCGCCCACAGUAGGUGACAAGCCACUCCAUGACCGGGAGAGAGAGCAGGACAGAGGCGCUGUCGGAGACAGAGAGCGGGAAAGGGAGCGAGAAAGAGACAUGGACCGGCCACGAACCUCCCCCUCCCAGCGCAUCAUACCCUCUCACCACCACCUGGGAUACCCCUUGCUCUCAGGGCAAUAUGACCUGUCCUAUACCACAGGAAAACCUGACCGCCACACCUCAACCCUGCAAAGAUUCAUGUGACUGGCUCACAUGAGAUGAAGAUCUCCUGGGUGUUAACCUUUUAGACAUCAGUUCAAUGGUGUUUCUAUCUAUAUUUUUAUUUCUUCUGCCAUAAGGACAGGCAGAUUGUCUUUUAUUUUUUUUUUCCUCUCCUCGUAAAUGACCCCAAAUUAUCUAAAGAUUGGACUGUAACAGAACUGAUAAUAACCCAGGUUUAAAGCCAUCACUCUGCCCUGUCAUGCAGAGAAAACACCAACCCGUUGAUUAUCUAGUCUUUGCACUGUCAACAAAUACAAUGCAAAAAGAGACUAUUGGACUGCCGGGACAGCUUUUUUGUUGUCGUUGUUCUUUGUUUUUGUUUUUUUUCCUAGAAUGCAUUGUUUUUUUGUCGCACGCAGAAAGAAAUUUGCAGUCAUUUUGGGGAGUUGGUUGGAUGAUGGGUGAAAGGAGUCAAGCUAAAUUAAAGACUGACAAAAAAAAGUGAAUCAUAUUGAAAUGAUCUCAACUCUUAUGUCUCUGGCUUCUCGUAUGACCAUGAAACAACAGUAUAUCCUUAACUUGACAAAUGUUUGGCUAUAUUUUGUGGGGGGUGGAAUAUGGCAACAGCUGCUUUCUUCAAAGACUUUACAGCCCGAGACUGAAGUUUUUCAUUUUCCAUCAUCGUUAGAUCCCGUCCUCUUUGAGCCCUCCAUUCUUGUUUCAGGGAUGAUAUUGUUGUGUUUUUGCGAAGGGACUGCCUCAAUGGAGAAUAAACACUAUUCAUGUUUUCUUUUUCUCAUAAAUAUUCAAAUUCUACUCCAUAUCAUCGAGUUCAUCUUUAAAUGUGAUGGAUGCUGGUGUUAGUCCUGUUUUUUUCCCCCCCCCUCUCAAUGAAAGGGUCACGUCUGUUUUUACACUUACUCAAAAGGUGAAGCCACAUUAGCAAGUGACAUUUUCACUGGGCAUUGUCGUCACUGCACCACUUUUUGUGUUUCUGCUGUAACAUCAUCCUUCAUUUAGCUCGUUAAGGUUAAUCGUUUUCUGUGAACAAUGUGAAACUUCACUUGGCUCAUGUAUUUUUUCUGCUGUAAAAUAGACUUUAAAUCCCUUUUUAUGUGCAUACUUGUUAAUAUUUAUGCCAGCACGCGAGAGUUUCUUAAUUGUCACUAUUAAAUCUAUUGACGCCUUCACAGCGAUUCAUAUUUUGUGCUCAGAUCAUUGCCUUUUCUGAUCCUUUAGAGACCUUAUGGUGUGCUUCUCCUCUGCCCACAGCCUUUUCAGUCUUGCUGCAGAUGUUGUCUUUUUGUUUUUUUUUUUAAAUCUUGUUCUUCAGUAAAUAACAAACUCAAUGCUAUGUUUCAAUUCAUGUGCCAUUUUGCUGGUUCCAGAUCUCUGGUCUUUUUGUAGAGUUACAGUUCUACGACAAACUAAUCAAUCAAUCUCAUUUUUCAGGCUGUAGUGCAAAAGUGUCAAAAGGCAAAAAAAAAAAAGAUUCUCGGUGCUUCACUUGCUUUUGUGACUUCACCUCAGCACACAUUUAACUCAGACAGUUGUCAGUGUGGUUAUUUUGCUUGUGGCUAAUCGCCGAAGCCUCCCGAAAUAUGUCAGCAGGUGUCUGAAACCUCAGACACUGGGUUUCUUUCGACAGUUUUUGCUUCUGUUGUGUGGUCAGCUACUGGCACGUUAAGCAUAAGUGCAUGAAAUGACCCCCCGCUCGUCUGCCGUUACUAUUAUAGCGCAAACACAAACGUAUUAAAUGCAGACAGCGAGCUUUCUUAAAAAGAAAAGGUGAGCCAGUAAAACUAAGAUGAUCGCACAAACAUGGCUGACAAACAAAGCCUAAAAGUUGCCCGAUCUGCUGAAAGGGAGCGUGAUGCUCUCGAGUUUCCUUUUGGGUCUCAUAUUAAUGGUGCCACUCUGUAAAAUUAAACCAAGUCUGCCUAAAAUAAAAUCUACAUAAAGAGCAACUGUCCUCGUAGUGGUCCCUCUUAGCUUUAAAUUACAGAUCUUUUAUACCUCAGGGGGUUUUUAGUGAAAUUCUAUCGGUAGAUUGGAAAAAGCUCCUGUUUAUGGGUGUGAGAAAAGCCCAUGCUCUGCUGUGAGCCUGGUGCGCUGUUGUGGUUUAUUCAGAAAUGACUAAUGGGUUCGGGAUAGGGAGUUGUGAAAGGGUUAAUGCCAAACCAUGCUGUUGUGGGGUCGUGAGCGUUUCUCUGAAGCAUUACAUCGACAGAAGAAUACUGACCACGUUGUCAUUAAAUUACAUUUUUUUUUUAGUGUUGAUUUUACAAUCAAGUAUAAUGUCCCCCAUGUUGUUGUUUCUUUCCUUUCAUUUAACACAGUUCUGUAAACCACAAGUGAGUCUCGUGUGGAUCGCCCUCUGAAGUUGGAUGUGAGAUGUUUGUUGAGACAUUAACUCACGGUCAUAAAACUGCAGCUCUUCAUUUCAAGGUUCUUGGACAUUCCAAGUCAAUAAGUUGCCGAUUUCUUGUCCCGCAAACAUUGCAAGGUCGUUUAUCUUACGUCUUUCUGUGCAUUUUCAAGAAUGACUGACAUGAAUUAGCUGAAUGUGGUGAUGUUUGAUGUUAUUCUAGGCAGCUGUGAUGUUGUCUUUAAAGUCAGUGGGUUUUAGCACCAGCAGACUGCAUACAUAUAGAUUUAUCAGACAAUGGUUGUGACAAGUGCAUUUGUUCUCUCGGAGAGUAGUAAUGUUUUAUCAGUAGUAAGCAAAGCCCAGUGAAAAACUAUAUAUACUAAAGUGUAUGAAAAGCCACAAAAGUAAUGUUUUGCUAUCAACAUAUUGGAAAGUGCUUGGCUCUUGUAUUUUGCAGGACUGUAUUUGUUUCAUGGUGAAGAGUAUAUUUAUUGGCCAGCAGUUGUCUCAAUUGGUGCCUAGUUGAACAUUCUUCUGUGAAAACACAGACACUUGCUUGUUUGUCCUCUUUCCUGACCCACCUUCUGUCACACAAACCCCCGCCACCUCCACCCUCCUCCUAAAAGUACCACUGCUGGUACUUGCAAGGAUGUUUACAAAUGUCUCCCCCCAACACCCACCACCCACCCCCCCCCCCGCACCCGUCUCCUCCUCUCUCCCUCCCUUCAGGAGUUUGUGUAAAGUGUACAUUAUCAUGGUUCUUUUUUAUACAAUACUCUGUAACUUGCCUUUGUAAAUUUGGGCUGGAAAAAAUAAAUCUUUUUAUGAGA